AUGCACGUUGGCCUGCAGAUCAUCGGAGCUCAAAGUGAGUUUUGGGCUGCACUUGCAUUCGGGCGCAUCACGACCGUCACGACCCGUCGCUCCUUCCACUUCUUGCGCACCGCUCCAGCGCUCCACACGUUGCGAACAGCUGCCACGCUGCACUCGGCGCCAUCGCAUAGGCCAAACAUACCUGCACGUGAUUACCGAACCUUCACGUCGACCGCCAGCAGCUCGUCGGUCACUGACCUCCUUGAGUCUCUACAAAAACUUGCUCAGUCCAACGCUGAGGCGCAUACGAGCAGGCAGCCGGACACGUCCUCCCACGUGCGCACGUCUCCGCACCUCAGCAAGCGGACUACCGACUCCUUCACCAGACCGGUACGGACGCGCAGGGAACGGCCUGUGCUCCUCGAUAGCAUCGUCACCGAAUUGGUUGCAGAGACGAGGGCUGUUCCGCACGAGGGCCGCUUGUUCGCCGGCGGCAUGUCCUCGAGCAUUGAGUUCAUCACUACCCCCACAGCCGACACGCCGGGCACGACCAUAAUUCUGCGCACCCAGACUAGCAACCACUAUGUCUUCGGAAGCCAGGCCGAGGGCAUCCAGCGCGCCCUCGUGCAGCAAGGCACGCGACUGCUGAAAGUCAAGGACUUCUUUCUCUCUGGCAGGACUGAGUGGAGCAAUGUGGGUGGCAUGGCCGGCAUGAUGCUGACCAUGACCGAUGCCACCUCGACCUCGUACGCCCAGAACAUGAUCACUUGGGAGAAGUCGAAAGAGCGCGGUCGCGUCUCCGACCCGCCGGUCAAGCCUCAGUUCAACAUCUAUGGCCCACCCAAUCUCAAGCACAUGUUCGGCACUUGUCGUCGCUUCAUCUUCCGCAAAGGUGUGCCGAUCGUUGCCACCGAGUACACAGACAAGAAUCUGGCCAAGGGCAGCGACGGUGCCCCUCUGCCUGUGUUUGAAGACGACUUCCUUCAGGUCUGGGCGCUGCCCGUCACUCCGCUCCGCAAUCAGACAGAUUCCGAACAUGACGCAGAGCUGGAGGCCGAGAUCCAGCGCUGGGAGAAGACCGGUAACACGUUUGAAGACCACCAGGUUGUGGACAACGAAACACGAGAAGAGCGCCAGGCACGCCACGAUCGCAUUCGAAGCGCCACCGUCAAACACAUGUUCGAUUCUAGCUGGAGCUUCGAUACUCUUGUCGAACGCCACAUCUCCGAGGUAGAAAUGCCAACAGGUCUGUUCGUGCGCAAUCCUGAUGGCCACGGCUACAGACCGUAUACCGGGCCCAAGCCGGGUGGUACAGAGCCUCUUCCUGACAUCAUGGUCUGGACCCGUACACCCUGGCCUGGGGCAAAGAUCAUGUCUCUGCCGCCAACGAGACCUGCCCCCGAAUCCAUAUCAUACAUUGUACGCACUUAUCCUGCUCGCGGUUCUUUCGAUGUCAAACGUGCGAAAGAGCUUGGUGUUAAACCAGGGCCAGACUUCGGCAAGCUCAGCAGCGGCCAGUCUGUACAGAACGCAGCCGGUGAAACGGUCACUCCGGAGCAGGUUCUUGGUCCAGAUAGGCCUGGCCAGGGAUUUGCUCUGCUUGACAUCCCAUCCAUUGAAUAUCUCGAGGCUGCUGUUCAGCGUGAUGAAUUCAAGUCGCCCGUUUUGAUGAAGGGCAUUGAGGCCUUCAUCUGGACGCUUGGACCAGGCGUCGCUGGUCAUCCUGUCUUGAACGACUUCAUGGCCAAGUUUGACAACAUCAAGCACAUCAUCUCUUCUGCCGAUGUCACCCCCAACCGCCUAGCCUUCGACUCUGUGGCUGGCCAGACCACAAGACUAGCUCAGGUUGACCCUGUUCGAUAUCAAAUACCUCAAUACGACCUAACAAGUCUCCCGCAGAAGAAACUUGUGGAAUCGGAUCAGAUGCAGCAAACGAUAGACUUGCCCAAGAACGCUAUCUUCGCUGACAGAGGUCUUUCUGCCACGCUCAUGCCAAAGUUCGACCUGAAGCCCGAGACAAGGCAAACUCCCUUUGACUCGGAAGCAGCCAAGAAAGAAACAGCUGCAGAGGUGCUGGAGCUCGCCAGCGCGGCGCAGAAGGCCGUCAAGGACUCACAAGCGAGCUUUGAGUCAUGGCGGGCUCUCCUGUCUCAUCCAGACACCGAGAUCACCACACUCGGCACAGGCUCAGCGCUACCCUCAAAGUACCGCAACGUGUCGGCAACACUUGUUCGUGUUCCAGGAGUAGGUAAUUACCUUUUUGAUGCCGGCGAAAACACUAUGGGCCAGCUGCAGAGAGUGUUCACACCAGAGGAGCUCACUCAGAUCCUAAAGGAGCUGCGCGUGAUCUGGAUCAGUCAUCUUCACGCAGACCAUCACCUAGGUACCGCAUCAGUGAUCAAAGCCUGGUACCGCAUCAGGCAUAACAGCGUACCCAAUUCCUCGCUUCCCAACGCUACAACAGCUGCCAGCGAUGUCGACAACUUUGGCCUUUCUAUCAUCUCCCACGACGGUAUGCUCCAGUGGUUGAAGGAGUACUCCUCCAUCGAGGAUUUCGGCUACUCUCGCAUUCUCCCCCUGGAGAUCUCCCCCGCAACGCUCGGAACCUGCGGCUCGGACCUUUCUAUAAACGGCAAAUCGACAUCAAGAGACCGUGUUAUCAAGCGGCAAGACUACCAAACACUCUUUGGGCUUGCAGACAUCCAAUCCGUCCGCGUAGCGCAUUGUCACGGAUCCAUGGCCGUCAGCAUGACCUUCCCGCAAUCCUCCCCGGACCGCGACGUUAAACCUCUAAAAGUAUCCUACUCAGGUGACUGCCGUCCUUCGCGGCCGUUCUCGACGAUCGGCAAGGACACAACCGUCCUCAUUCACGAGGCAACCUUCGACGACGAACUCUCAGGCGACGCGCGCGCAAAGAAGCACUCGACGACGUCCGAAGCGCUCGGCGUCGGCGCGCGCAUGGACGCCAAAGCCGUUGUGCUGACGCACUUCAGCCAGCGGUACCAGAAGAUCCCCGUCCUGCAGACCGUCCAGGACGGCGACUCGCCCUCAGCCGAGGACGAUGCCCUCGCAGCGCCCGAGGACGCAGAGCCCGAGACAGACGAGGUAGACCCCACCACCGACUCGACGGCACAGAACAGCGACAUCCGACCCCCGCCCGCAGUCCCGCAGCCGACCCUCGUUCACCAGUCGAGCUCGCUGGCAGAAAACGGGCGCGUGAUCAAAGUCCAGAGCAAGGACAUGAAGGUCGCGAUCGCGUUUGACUACAUGCGCGUCAAGCUGCGCGACAUCAUCGAGCUGGAGAAGUACAACGAGGCGCUCAACGAGCUGCUGGUCAAGGAAGUCGCGGACGAAGAGGGUGAGGCGAAAGGGGACGAGAAGGGAAAAGAGGUCAAUGCGAAUGGCAAGCGGAUGAGCGAGGAUGACGCGGAGGGAAAGGGCAAGGGGAAGAAGCAGAAGAAGAAGUCAAAGGGGACGGAGAAGAACAAGAGUCAAAGGAACAAUUAAGUUCAAGGUUGUGAUGAAAAAGAAGAAGUAGAAGAAGAAGAAGGAAAGGGAUUUCCAUCAACGCGAUUUUCGCGCAGCUUUACCUGCGGGUCACCGAAUUAUGAGAUGUGGUGUAGAGCGUGCAGUGACUGGGUCAUCAAUUGUGACAUGGAUUUGUCCACGACUCACCACGAGACCCGUCAAAGCUACCAACGCGUGAUGCCCAGACUUCAUAGUGACAUUUGAGACUCGUCGCAGCAAAACCGCUGAGCGCGAGAUUCUGGCGUCUGGUGUUCGUGUCGAUAUGC